GGAACUAGAGCGGAACUGCACAACUCCAACUGCCAGUCAGUGUUGAAAACGAAUAACGUAUUGUGUACGUGUACGUGUACGUGUACGUGUGUGUAUGUGUGUGUACACAAAGUAAAAAAGGAGUCAAAAAUAAAAUUGUGUUAUAAGUUACAAGCUGGCAAGGAUGGCGCGCAAUGCAGGCGGCAGCAACAAUAAUACGCCCAAAACGAAUCAAAACGAAACGCCAGCUGCAACUGCAGCAGCAGCAGCCGCAGCAGCAGCAGCAAGUGCAAAAAGCAAGCAGCGCAGCUCGAGCAGCAACAGGAGCAACUUGAAUUGGAAUCUGUCCUCGAGCCUGAUGCUGGACAAGUGGAAGACGCUGGUUGGGUGUGUGUGCCUGGCCAUUGCCAGCUACUUUGGCUAUCUGGGCUAUUUGGAGACACGCGUCAAUACGCCCCUGGAUAAUCAGAAGAUGGUGUUGCUGACCGGAUUGGAUGAUCCGGAACGCUAUUGGGGCACAUAUCGGCCGCAAACGUAUUUCGGUCUGAAGACUCGUGAUCCGCACUCACUGGUCAUGGGCUUGAUGUGGUAUACGCCGAGCAAUCUGGGGCCAAAUGGCGCCGGCAUUCGGCACUGGUGCGAGCAGAGCGACAAACUGGAUGGCUACGGUUGGACGCAUCAUGAUGGUCGCAGUUUUGGGGUGCAGGACAUACAGGAUAUGCCAUUUGAGGUGAAGACCUCCUUUGUCAAAUAUAACGGCGAUAAACAGUUUGGCGGCGAUUGGACCGCCCGCAUCUCGGUGCGGAAUACGACACGGGCCUGGGAUCGCAGUAUAUCGCUGAUCUGGUAUGUGGCAUUGGAUGAGCGCACCAACGGGCACAUCAAGUACGUCUCGGACGAGAAGAGCCCGGAGCCGGGCGUCUACGGCGAGAGUCAAGGACUUGGCGAGUUUCAGGUGCGUUUCCAUCCGGCAAAGGGAAGGAUUCUGCACAAAUCGUAUUUGAGUACAGUGGCGCCAUCGCUGGCCAAGCUCAAGGAUACGAUCUUUGCGCAUUUUCGCGCCUUCACCAGCAAGCAGGGACAACGAUUUAUUGGUCUACCCGGCGAGAUAAUCUCCCAGAAUGGUUUACCCUCAACGAAUCCGGAGCCCAAUUUGAUUGCCAUACAGAUUACCGCCGAGGUGGAUUUCACGCUGGACAUUACGUAUCAGUCCACGUCCGGUUUUGCGCUGGGCGAAUCCAUACCGAAGCCGCCAACGGGACGCGCCUACACCGACUCGCUGCUGGAGAAGAUUGGCGCGUUUGAGAAACGUUUUGAGGACACGUUCCAAUUGGCCGCCAAGGGUUAUGCCGCCGAUGAGAUACGAUUUGCCCGGAAUGCCUUCAGCAAUAUGAUUGGUGGCAUCGGUUAUUUCUAUGGGGCGAGUCGGGUGCAGUCGGUGCACACCCAGAAUCCGGUGCCAUAUUGGAAGGCGCCACUGUAUACGGCGGUGCCAUCGCGUAGCUUCUUUCCACGCGGCUUCCUGUGGGACGAGGGCUUCCAUGGUCUAUUGAUUAGCGCCUGGGACGUGGACAUUGAGCUGGACAUCAUCUGUCAUUGGUUCGAUCUGCUCAACAUCGAGGGUUGGAUACCGCGCGAACAAAUCCUUGGCGUCGAGGCGCUUGCCAAGGUCCCCGAUGAGUUUGUCAUUCAGCGCAAUAGCAACGCGAAUCCGCCAACGUUUUUCCUAACGCUCCGGAAACUGCUUAACCAUCACAAGCAACAGUUGGCGCAGAAGGGUCGCUUCGCCACCCUGGAGCGACUCUAUCCCCGUCUCCAGGCCUGGUUCACCUGGUACAAUACCACACAGCGAGGUGAGGUGUUGGGCACGUAUCUGUGGCGCGGACGCAAUGCGAGCACGGUACGUGAACUGAAUCCAAAGAGUUUGUCCUCGGGCCUGGACGAUUAUCCGCGUGCCUCGCAUCCGACGCCGCUGGAGCGUCAUGUCGAUCUGCGUUGCUGGAUUGCGCUCGCUGCCAGCGUUAUGGCCGAGCUGUCAUCGCUGCUCGGCAAGGAUGAUGUCAAGUAUUAUGAGACGGCCUCCUAUCUGACGGACAAUGGGCUGCUCAAUCGUUUGCAUUUGGAUCCGUUUAGCGAACACUAUGCGGAUUGGGGCCUUCACACAGAUGCCGUUGCCCUGAAACAGACACCGCCCCCGCUAUCAACACAGCGCACAGCUGGCAAGCGAUCGCAAUCCUCCUCCACAUCAUCAUCAUCUUUGCCGGCGCCGGAGAAACAGCGUUACGUGUUAAAGCAACCGGAUUAUAAGUUUGUGGACUCCAUGUUUGGCUAUGUGAGUCUGUUUCCGUUGCUGCUGGAGCAGCUGGAGCAUGAUUCGCCAUAUUUGGGUCGCAUGCUGCAGGAUCUGCGCGAUCCGGAGAUGCUGUGGACAAACUAUGGACUGCGCUCGCUGGCCAAGAACUCACCGAUGUACAUGAAACGGAAUACGGAACACGAUCCGCCAUAUUGGCGUGGUCCCAUCUGGAUAAAUAUCAACUAUUUGGCCGUUAAGGCGCUGCGCCACUAUGGCAAAAUCGAGGGUCCCUUUGCGCAAACGGCGCGCCAAAUCUAUGGUGAGCUGCGCGACAAUCUGGUGAAGAACAUCUAUCGGCAAUAUAAGCGCACCGGCUACAUUUGGGAGCAGUACGAUGAUAAGACCGGCGAGGGCAAAGGUUGCAGUCCCUUCACCGGCUGGAGCGGUCUGGUCGUCCUCCUCAUGGCCGAGCAGUUCUAAACGUCUAAAGAUCGUUCACUCCACGAUCGCUGAGAGUUCCUCCUGUGAUAAUCUCACAUAAAAACAAAAACAAAAACAAAUCAAAGAAAUACUUAAAAAAAAAUAAAAUAAAUUAUAUAAAAAGAAAAGAAACAUUCGAGCAUAUUCCGCAUGCACUGCGAUUUUUGUUUAGCCCUAGCCAAGUGCUUCUUUCCAAAGAUCUAAAAUUGUAGUACGCACUAUAUAUAGUUAUAUAUAUAGGCUCUAUGUAUGGGUGUACAAGUAAAUGUUCUAUGUAUCACGAAGGACAAAAUCGCUCUGUCUGCUCCUAAAGUAAACUGUACAAAAAUGUUAACGAUUAAUUGACGAUUUCUGACAAAUUACAUAAAAUAGCGUUAAUAGAUGAUUUUGAUAAUUACAUAAUAAAAACACUGCAUGUAAAUGUAGACAAACAAAAAGAAACAAAAA